AUGGCCGGCCCGCAGCUGCGGCGCGCGCAGACGGCGGCGGAGGCGACCGCGGCGCCGCCCCGGCUGUGCCGCACCUGGUCGGUACCAAGGCCCAGCCGCAGGACCGCCCCGGGUCUGUGCCUCGAACUGCCGUGGGGCCAGGUGUCGGCGCUGCCGUGCUUCCAUGCGCUGCGAGGCCAAGUGGAGGUCGUGGCAGAGGUGCUGCCGCAACUCCUGAGCAAAGAGGAGGUGGCGCAGGUCCAGUUCCGCUGCCACCGGGCCAAGUUCGCAGCUCCUCUGCUUGGGUUUGCGCUGCGCGAGGGAGCGGAUGGUGGCACCAUGCUCUUCUACGCGCGGCCGGACGGCGGCUUUGUGGCGGACCUCGAACACCUGGCCUGGCGUCAGCGGCUGCUGCUGGCGCACGGGGCCGCGGCGGCGCUGUGGAACCUCCACGCGCUGGGCUUCGGGUGUCGGGUGGCGCCGGAGCGCCUGGGCAUCAGCGAGGGCAGGGCCGCGCUGCUGGUGGGCCUCGAGCCGGCGCGCCAGGAGGACGUGGAGCAGCUCGGGCACUUGCUCGUGUUCCUCCUGACCCAGGGCACAGCAGCGGCGGCUCGCACUGCGAGCCGCGAGCUGCUGGCGGCGCUGGCGCGGAACGAGGGGGACGACAUCUUGGAGGGCCUACCCUGGCCCAGGGACGAGGCUCAGCUGCUCGCGCACCUGGCGGGCGUGUGCUUUCGCCAGGGCCCGCUGCAGCGGGUGGUGACGCUGCUGGCCGAGCGCCUGCGGAGCGAAGCUGCCGCUCCGGCGCCAGGCGCUUUGGCCCUGCGGAAGCCUCGUUGGGCGCUGCUGCGGCACGUGCUGCGGGCCUGCUGGGCCUUCCAGCAGGGCCUGGAUGCGCUGUGCUGCGUGUGUCUGGAGCGGCAGAGGAAGAGCUUGGGCCUGAUGUGCCCCACGAAUCACACGUAUCGCCUGUUGUGCGGCAGCUGCCUGGAGCCUUAUGUGUGCAGCCUGAUCGGCACCGCCGAGCUGCGGCGCAACAAAGGAGGCGUGGCCUGUCCAGCCUGCAGCGCUUCCAAGGGUGCGCAGGUCUUCUCCAAAGACCAGGUGCAGGACCGUCUGGUGGGCCAGGCGCUGCGGCGCUUUGUGGAGGCCACGAAGGAAGAGGAGGAGGACGACCUCGAAGACGACGAGGCUGAGCUCUCGGUGCUGGUGGAGGACCUGACGACAAGACGCGUGCGGGUGGUGACCCACUGCCGCACCUUUGAGUCGGAGGAGCCGCAGGUCUUGCGGCGUAGCAAGCAGGUGCUGCCGUACACCUGGCUCCGAUGCCAAAACGAAGAGGAGUUCUUCCAAUAUGAUCCGGCCACGAUGGGCCUGCGUCAACACAUGUCCUCCCGCCUGUUCUGCCUGCAGGUGGCGGAGCUGGUGACGCUGCGGUGCCCGUCCUGUGGCGCCUUUUUGGACCCGGACCCGGACGGCUGCGUUGCCAUGACCUGCCUGGCCUGCAACGAAGGAUUCUGCUGGGUCUGCUUCAGGGCGUGCGGGCAGGAUGCCCAUCCCCAUGCGCUGGAGGUGCACGGCACCUAUUUCCCUUGCCCUGCCUUCAUAACGGCGUGGCACCGGAAGCUGCGAUGGCAGAGCGUCCAGGAGGUCUUGCGCCAGCUGAUGGAGGACUCGCAAGCGUCAGCGCUGGCGGAGAGCCGGCCGCUCUUGAACGAUGUGCAGCUCUGGCCCUUCCCGGCCGAGGCGCCGGAGGCGCCGUUGGCGGCGCCUGACUGGGAUGGCGAGGAGGUGGAGGGAGCUGCGCCGCGACAAUUGCACCUCCACGAGGCUGCACGCUUCGGGCAGAUGGAGCGACUGCAAGAGUUGCUGGAGCAAAACGUGGAGGUGAACGAGCGGAACGAGCGGGGCAUGACGCCCCUGUGCUUCGCAGUCCAUGAGGGCCGCAGCGAGGCCAUCCGCUUGCUGUUGGCCCGCGCGGCGGAUCCCAACAUGGCGGACGACCAUGGGGUCACACCUUUGCACUAUGCCUGCCGGGAGCCGCCCUUCCCCAUCCUGGAGGACAUCCCAGGGCUCCUGCUGGGCUAUCCGGAAGUGGAGGCAAAUCGCCAGGACCACACGGGCAGCAGCGCUAUUGUGGUGGCUGCGGAGGUCGGCCGUGCGGAGGUGGUCCCCGCGCUGCUGAGGUGUGAGCGGCUGGACCCCAACUUGACGAACCACCAGAGCCGCACCGCGCUGCUGGUGGCGGCCGCCUUCGACCACACAGAGGUGGUGGCCCACCUGCUGGCAUCUCCCAGGGUGGAGGUGACGCGGCGCAGCGUGGAGGGCGAGACGCCUCUGCACCUGGCAGCGAAGCGGGGCGCGAAGGGCACCACGCAGCUGCUGCUGCAGCACCCGGGCACGGAGAGCUGA